UAAUUUUAUCUCAACGUUUAUCUCCUUGUCAUUUGCAAUAAUCAUUUUAUGACCUCUGAAUUCCUUCAUCUUACCUUGCGGACCGCGAGAAUUCAGCUGACAACAGCACCAUUCCCUUAGUACACACAAACCUUCAUACUUGUCAACAUGGAAUCUUUCAUUCCCUUUGGAACUGACCCUGAGAUGGCUACUAGAGUGGCAGACCUCAUUUGGGACCAAGCUGUUAUGAAUUUUGGUCUCACUGAUAACGAGAUUCUCCUGCCCCUGAACAUCACAGGCAUCAUUGGGCCCUUGGCCAUUGAGCGACUCAAGUUGCAACUGACAAACUUCCUGAGUCGCCCUUGCACUGCUUUUGCGGAUAACGCUUUGGGUUGCGUUCGAAUUCUCGCUAGUCCUGAGUUCAAGGGGCUGGGACCAGCUACCGACAAUAUGGUUUUACCUCGAGUCUCAGCUGAAGGAGGCUUUUCCCUCGAUGUCUGUUCUAUCAAAUCUCUACAAAAGGCGGACAAGAAGGUCGAAAAGCGCCUCAAAAUUCCAAGACCACCUAAUGCGUUCAUUCUCUAUCGGAAGCAUUAUCACGCCAUACUCAAAGAACAAAAUCCGGAUAUGCAUAACAACGAAAUCUCAAUUGCAGUCGGCAUAAAAUGGAACAAUGAAUCCUCUGAGGUCAAGGCACACUACAAGGCACUCGCUGAUGAAGCUAAACGCCAACAUGCUCAGAAGUAUCCAAACUAUCAGUAUGCUCCUCGAAAGCAUUGUGAGAAGAAAAGACGAAACUCCAGGAGGACAGCUGAGAACUUCGUCGAUUACGAAACCUUUUCCGAUGACGAAGAGGAGAGCUCUCUUCAGACCUCAUACGAAUCGCCUGCUGAUUCUAGUACUUAUUCUGCAUUCAGUGGACAAGAUCAAGAUGAUUUCGCUGAACAGACAGUGGAAGAUCAGACAAUGGACGAUUACAUGACUUUGUCUCCAAUAUUCUCUCCGUUGAACGAAUCUUACCAUUUCUCGGACUACGAUAUUGGUGAUUACAAUAGCUGGGUCCGGGAUGCUGCUAUGGCACAGAGAUUGACAAUUAUUGCUCAUACGCAUGCUGAGAAUGGCUCUUUCAGUCAACUGUUUCCUCCCUCCCAUGGCUGA